CUUCUUAAAAAUGAAACUAUUUUUGGCUUGGUAGUGCAAAUGAACCUAAAUAAAUGGAAUUAUUCUUUGGGGCCUAGUAAUAUUUUAUUUGGAAAACAUGAAAUACUGGGGAUUCCUUACGUCUUUUUUCACGUAUGUGGCUUUUUCAGACAGUACCAUUAAGAUUAAAACAAGCAAUGCAGAUGUCCUUGUAAAUGAAGAUGCUUUGUUGCAGUGUUACGUCAGUGACGUUAUCAAUGAACUGAGUCUGGAAAUGUUAGGUGUUGAGUGGUCCUUUAGAAAUGAAACAAACAAAUACAAAGUAUACACUUUCGAUGGAGUUGAAGCACAAUAUCAUAUAUUUGGACCCAGAGUAUAUGUGUCCCAAGAGCAGCUCAAGAAAGGCAAUGCUUCACUCCUGCUUUCAAAGGUGCAUUUCAGUCAUGAAGGCAUAUAUGAAUGCGUCAUCUUUGUAACGCCCAAUAAAGAUGAAGGUACUCUACAAUUGACAGUCUCUGCAAUGCCAAAUGUUACUUUAUCUGAUGAAGAAAUUCUUGCUAACCCAGAUACAGAAAAGUCAGUUGGAUGUGAAAUCAAGAAUUUUUAUCCAGAGAAUAUUGCUGUUAAGUGGCUGGAGAUUAAGGAGAGUUCAGAGGUAGAAGUCAGUGAAGAAGAAACUGAUAUCUGCAUUGGUUCUCCUGUUCAAAACAAAGAUGGAACUUUUAAUGUUAAGUCCCGCUUAACUCUUCACCCGAAACUUCAAGACAGUGGAAAAAGGUUCAGGUGUCAAGUUUCUCAUAGGACGUAUCCUGAUAGGUAUGGUGUAGAUGCAGUCCUGUCUGUCAGAGAACCAGAGUCAUCACCUCUAGGUCUUAUACUAGGAUUCCUGUUUGGACUUGCUGGAAUUGUUAUAACCAUUGUUGUAUAUUGGUUACGUUUUAAACCAGUGCCACCCAAAGAUGUAACUGUUGAAUUUCCUGAGCACCUCAAGCAUGAAGAAGAAUGCACUUUUAAAUGUGAAAUACGUAAUUUUCGGCCAAUGUUGAAAACUGUAAUUUUCUUCAUCAAGAAAAAAGGAAUGGACCGUAAACUGUGUUACCAGUGGCCAAUAUCUACAGCAAUAAACACUCAAACCAAGGAUGAAUGUCGGAUCACGUUAUGUGGUCAUGAAUACAUUCAGCCAGAUAGUCUGUUUAAAAAUGUUAAAGAAGAAAAGGAAAUGUACGGUGACGGCACUCAGCGUCUAUCAUUUCACAUCACCACGUUUCCUAAUAUUUAUCUGGAUCAUGAAGCUGAGUUCACAGUAUCUGCUGAACAUAAGUCACUUGCAGAACCUAUUAAAGCAGUCAGGCAGUUUAAAGUUGUUGGAGCUCCACCAAGAUUAUCAAACAUUGUUGUACCACCUCGUAUAGUGCAUGGUGAGCUCCUAGCUUUGACAUGCAUGUUCAUGGGGCAUAAACCGAGAAAAUUAUCUGUUACCUGGAAGAAAAAUGGGAAUAAGAUUGCAGAAAGAGACUCAGAAUAUAAAUAUGAGAAAGUGUCAACAUCAGAAAAAUAUUCUCACAACUUCAGUGAUAGUCAAUAUACUGAUGACUACACAUUCAGUGCCACAAGUGUCCUGAUGUUCAUUCCAACUGUUAAAGAUGACGACGCCAAAGAAUUUUCUUGUGACGUUUACCAUGAAUCCUCAGGGCACAGGGAAGAAAAAUCCCAUAAACUGAACGUAAUUGCACUUCCAAAGCUGGAAAUUAUAAAGAGCUCUCCUGAUGUGCCUAAAUCCAAUGAAUCCUUAACCUUAUCUUGUAGGAUUCAUUCAUUUUACCCCAACAACAUUAAAAUAACUUGGUACAAAGGAGAGGAAGUUAUGAAAGAAGCACCAGAAAACAGUGAUGCCACUGUAGAAGAAAAUGGUCUGUUUUACUGUACCAGUCGUCUAACAUUUAAACCUGUCAAGGAAGAUGUGGGAAAGACGUUUUUCUGCAGAGCUGGGUAUCAAAAUAUUGAACAGAUAAGGGAAACUGAAUGGAAAAUGAAGGAACUCGUUUCAGUCCCAAAACUUACGAAUAUUCAAAGUAGUGACACGGCCCCAGAGAUAGGGAAGGAGAUUACUUUAUCAUGUUCAGUGGAUAAGUACUUCCCACCUGACUGCACAGUCAUAUGGGUGCGUGGAUUUGAACGUACUGUGGAUGGAGUUACAGUUCAAGAGCCUCAAGAGAUUGCGAAUACUGGCCUUUAUAGAAGAGAAACUUGCAGAAUAUUUAAACCCAAAGCAGAUGAUCACGGCAUAGAAUUUUCUAUGGAGGUUGUUCAUUAUGGCAUCACAUACAGACCAGAAAAACCUUUCUGCUUGCAUUUCAAAGGUAUUCCAGUAGUCGGUGAAAUAACAGUUGAGCCAAAAAAUCCAAGUUAUGGAAAGUUUGUCCAACUAACCUGUGACGUUCGGGGUUUUUAUCCAAAGAACAUCAGUACUCACUGGCUGCAGAACAAUAAACAACUUGAUAAAGGCAUAACUAUUGAAGGUCCUUUUGAGGACAGCAGUGGUGUUUUCAAUCUGAAGUCUUCGCUGAAGAUAAAACUGACAGCCGAGGAUUUUAAUAGGGAGAUAUUUUUUUGUGUUCAGCAUCAAACACUAAAUGAACCAGUUAAAAAACGAGCAGAAGUUUACCGUCCAAGUUCACAACCUGUUUUGUCUGACAUUAACGUCACACCAUCUUAUCCUGAAGCUGGUGCUCCAGUUCAUCUAAAACUUGAUAUAACAAGUUUUGCACCGAAAGAUAUCACUGUAAGGUGGUUCAAAGGGUCAGACAUUAUUUCAGCCUCAUAUAUUAAAACCAACUCUCCAAGGAUUGCAGACAAUGGCUUGUAUUUUACGGAAUCAGAGUUUACCUUUUCUCCAGAGAAACAUGAUCAAAAUGUCUUCAUUAGAUGUGAAGUCCAUCAUUUAACAACAGAGGAAAUUAAAGAAAAGGGCUGCUAUCUAAAACUUAAAGGUGUUCCUUCUCUGUCCGAAAUAACCUGCAGUCCCAAAAUGCCAUCUCCUGGUAACAAAGUGAUUUUGUGUUGUAAAGCCACAGGUUUUACUUCUGAUAAACUAAUUGUAAGGUGGUAUAAAGACAAAACACCAAUUCCACAUGGAUGUAGUUUGAUAGGCCCAGCACGUGGCACUGAUGGCUAUUAUUUUACAGCUGAAUUAAAACUCACUGCAGCUCUGAGUGACAGAAGUACAGAUUACUCUGUAAAAGUUUUGGAUGUGGCUUCAAAUUCUCAACUGGAAAAAGUAUUCAGGAUUACAUUAGCUGUGGAAGUGCAAAAAUCUGAAAUCUGUUGUGUAACUGAAAGUCCCAACGCUGGUGAUGAAGUACAGUUUUGCUGCUUUGUCAGUGAAUACAGUAUAGAUGAUGUGCUAGUUACCUGGUACAAUGGAUAUUUGCCAGUUACAAAAGGAGUGAAGAAUGAGAUGGCACAUAAUGGCCUAGGAUUCAAUUCAUACCUCCAUUUACAGACUGAGACAAAUGUUUCUGAAUAUAAAAUUAAAUGUGUGGUAACCAGCUAUUCACAAUCCUUUGAAUAUCCUUAUCUUCUGAAACUUUGAUAGAUAUUUUGUUAAGGUUUCUGCUGCAAUGACUCACCAGUAUUUUCUAAAAUGAUGGGAUGUCUGUAAGUCCUUUGGUUUUACAGACAAGAAGUACAUUACAGUGUAAUGGAGCAAGUUGUAUGUAAAAUUAUUUGCUAUAAUAGCUGAAACACUAAUGCUUACAUUUUGAAUCUAAGAAGCAGUUCCGGAUGUGUAUGGAGGGCAUGUAAUAGAAGAAGCCAUGUGGAAGUUAUAUUACAAAGAUAGAAGAAGACGAAUUGGAAAAGUAUGAGGGGAAAAUAAAAGUCGUCUUGUGUUUAGAACCAGAUGCAGCACUUUUCAUACCUGCAACUUUCUAAAAACAUUCUUUGCAGUAAAGGUACUGACAAAGUGGUUAACGCAAAAAGUGUGCAAGCAAGGAUCUACAAAAGUCCUUUCAAGAUGUUAGCAGUGAAUAAGCACGAUAGAGAAUAUUCAAAUGUUUAAAAACAGUCUGCAACAUUUGUGUAACAGGGAAUAUGUGUUUCUAGUGAAUAGGAAAUUUAGAAAUCACUUUUGGCCCAAAUGUGAAGUGUUUCCUUGGUGUACAUAUAUUUUUGUAUAUUUCCUUUUUACUAAUUGUAACUAGAUCAAGGCUACAAAUAAAGCUAUUUUAAUCCAGCAGCAAAUAAA